AAACAGCCAGGAGCACGUUAGCAUCACUGAAAUGUGCUGAUGUAAAAUAAAAUAACGCUCAUACAGAGAAACAUUAACAACAUUAUACAUAAACAUUACACAUAUGUAGGAACAUGGUAUAAUACUGACAUGACCUCAACAUACAACAUCACAUUUCCCACAGUGCCCUCAACUAAACUGCAGUAAUGACUGUAAAUAAAGAGAAAUAUAUCUUUAAACCGACAUCUUUAAGUUUGGACACAUUUCCUAUGGAGCUUUUACUGACCUGAAGACAGAAACAUACACAACAAACACUGAAAACAGUCAGUAACAGGGUGAAACUACUCAGAAGUGCGUUUCAGAACACGAGGUCAGAGUUAAUGGACCGUCAGAACCAUCCACAGAACCAGAGCCGCAGCCUGACUUCAGUUAGUGACGUCAUCUCGCUGGCUGGAGGCGUUAACCAACGGCCUCGCGCACUCCCUCCUUCCCGCGCUUAAAUUCAAAUCAACCAAUGGCAGAGCGGGAACAGCGCAGCUCAUUUGCAUCCAGUGUCUGAAUAAAUAAGCCUGCUCGCGGACAGAGUUCACCGAGAACCUUAAACGCUCAAACAUGCCGGAUCUAGGAAAGUCUGCGCCCAAGAAGGGCUCAAAGAAGGCCGCGUCCAAGUCUGCCGCCAAGGGGGGCAAGAAGAGGAGAAAGACCAGGAAGGAGAGCUACGCCAUCUACGUCUACAAGGUGCUGAAGCAGGUCCACCCUGACACCGGGAUCUCCUCCAAGGCGAUGGGCAUCAUGAACUCCUUCGUGAGCGACAUCUUCGAGCGUAUCGCCGGUGAAGCCUCCCGCCUGGCUCACUACAACAAGCGCUCCACCAUCUCCUCCCGGGAGAUCCAGACCGCCGUCCGCCUGCUGCUGCCCGGGGAGCUGGCCAAGCACGCCGUGUCCGAGGGCACCAAGGCCGUCACCAAGUACACCAGCUCCAAGUAAACAGCUGCUGCCUGUCAACACAACGGCUCUUUUAAGAGCCACCACCUCUGUCUGAGGAGCCGCUUCCUACCGCACUGUGAGGGACGCUGUCAGGACACGCUGGGGAACAUGAGACAGGUUAUCUGCGAUUAAAGCAAUAUAUCAAUA